GCUCCUCCUCCACCUUCCUCGCAGACCCUCUCGGAAAAAACAAUACUACAACUACAAGUGCCCUUGGGUGCUGCCCACCAAUUUCUCCCUAAGACCAGGCGACUUCAGCAGAUAUCAUGUCAGAAUCUACUAAAUACCUAUUGGUCUCCCUUCCGACCUCGAUCGUUCCCUCAAGUGAUAAAGAGGAAGCUCUCCAAGCAAUACGUUCCACCAUCACCUCAAACAACGGUGCUGUUGCACCCUUCAAAAUUCCGGAAUUUAAGAUUGGAACCUUGGAUGCUUUGGUACAACAAGCAGACGAUCUUGCGAAGCUCGACAAUGCGUGCAAUGGUGUGGUAGCCAAGGUUGGGGAGUCCCUCCGGGGAUUGUUAGAAGGAGAUGAGGGAAAGAUAGCACAGCAGAAAACAGUUAAUGACAGUGCGUGGUACCGAGUGGAGUAUAGUUGGAAGUUCUGCUGACUCCUCCGAAUAGAGCCUGCCGAUCAAUACCUGCGGUCUUUUACCUGGAACAAAGUCAAGUACCGAGCAGAUAAGCCCCUCGCAGAACUUAUCGACUCACUGCAGAAGGUGGGUGAGAGCUUGGUCCGUUAUGAUUCAACUAACUUUAGGACAGGAACUUGUGAGUAUCGACAACGAUGUCAAGUCCAAAGUCAACCAGUACAACGGAGUCAAGACGAAUCUCACAGCUUUACAGAGAAAGCAAACGUUCGUAUUCUCCUGCUACCUAAAGAAAACAAUGUUCACAUAUCACACAGAGGAAAUCUCUCCACGAAAUCACUCACACCAGUCGUCGAUCCAAAAUUAUUGAUACAAAACUCCGAAUACCUCGAAACCCACCUCGUUGUAGUUCCUUCGAAUGUCAAGAAGGAAUACCUCAAAACCUACGAAACUAUCUCGCCAAUGGUUGUUCCACGAUCGUCUGUAGAAGUCGCACACGAUGAUGAGUUUACCUUAUACGCAGUCACCACUUUCAAAAAGCACAGUGCCGAGUUCCAGCAUAAAUGCAGAGAGAUGAAAUGGACACCACGGGAUUACAAAUAUGUUGAGGGCGGGAAAGAGGAGGAAAGAAAGGAAGUGGAGAGAGUGAGCAGGGAUGAGAGAAAGGGUUGGGGUGAGGCAUUAAGACUGGCGAGAACGGGGUGGAGCGAAGCUGUGAUGAUAUGGAUUCAUGUCCUUACCAUACGGGUAUUUGUCGAAACAGUUUUACGUUAUGGUCUGCCUUUGGACUUUGUUUGCGGAUUGGUCAAGGUAUGUUGCUUUGGAGGCGUUGUAGUGGAAAAUAGCUAAUUAUUGCAGACAACACCCAAACUUGCGAAGAAGGCAAAGGAUUCCCUUGAUUCAACAUAUUCAUAUCUGGGGGGAAAUGCAUUUGGGCGAGACAGUAAAGGGAAGGUCACAAAGGACGAUUCGGCAUUAUCGUCCGAAAUGGCAGCUGCAGGGGUUGGCUCUCACGGAGGAGAAGGCAGCGAGUAUACUGCCUAUGUUUAUUACGAGUUUGAGGUUUUAUAG